AUGUGGGUGUCUUCGAGACCUCCAACGGGAGUCAGGGUGAACGGGCAACCGAUCGAACUCGUCGAUGAGUUCUGUUAUCUGGCAUUUAUGCUGAAGAACAACGGCAGCUACAAGUGUGGUAUACAGCAGAGUCAACUUUCGUCGCCCACGAAGCCUGCUGCGAGUUUGUUCAUCCGCAAUUCGCACCAUCACGAUGAAAGGAAGCAACUUGGACACUUCUUCGCUACUUGUAGGCUAGGAUAUAGCACAAUGAAGAUCUUUAUGCAGAAGUCGAUGUGGAGACCAGGAAAUCACCUUGUUCAACGAUAUCUUAUGUUCAACGGAUUCAAGUUGAAAGAGGACACCUGGAUGGAAACGGGAGUUCUGGACUGA